UGACAACAAGACCACUCCACGUGUGACUGCCGCCAACUGCCGGUAAAUAACUGCAAUGAAACCUGAAGGAACAUGUCUUACCGGCAGCCUCACUGGGAAAGUAGAAUAAGCCGCCCUUUAAGGUGCUUCCACAAGCGUUACUUCGAGCUACAGAGCACGUCCCGUGUCACACUGAGUGGUGCUGCUAAGAGAGACCUCGGUCAUCACAGACGAACAAAACUACUGGAAGCCAUUAUCAAGGACAACGUUGAGAGUAAGGGACCUAUUGGUGGGGAAGGAGAAGAAGGGGGUGAGAGAUUUCGGAGAGUAAAGAUACAAGAGGACGAAAAUUUGCAUGAGCAAAGGAUGAGAAGAAUUAAAGAGCAAAAGGCAGCAGAUGAAGACUUGCGACAAGCCUUGGAGAAAAGACGAUUGGAGAAAGAGAAGGAAAUGCAAGAAAAAAGAAAAGAUUUAGAAAUGCUUAAAACAUAUCAUCCCUGGGGAGGAGGAGGUGGUGGAGCUCCAAGAGUCACCAGAUCAGGGACAUUGCUUGCACAACGAAGAAGAUUCCUGGCUCCGACUCAGCUAAAAACAUCAGACGAUUUCUACAGUUCUUUUGGUAAGCCUGGAGGCGGGGCUCCAAGACGCAGCGAUUCUGGUAAUGUCGACGCAUCAGUUGUUGCUGAUCCUGACACGAGAUUUCAGAAACAAUUAAAGAAAGAGAUAGAUCAAUCACUCAGGUAUAAACCAAGCCAAAAUAUGGAGCCUCCACAGCAAUUGAAAAGAGAAAGGAGUGAGCUUGAGAAGGAGAUGCUACAGAAAGAGCAAGAGGAGAAAGCAAGAUAUGCUAGAAGACUUGAGCAACAGAUAAUAGAAGAUAAACCAAGUGGCUUUGUGAAACCAACAUUUGAGCCUUACUUCCCAUGGGGCAAUAGCUACCCUAAGAGAAACAACAGUGGAAAGCUGUUGGUGGAGAAGAGAAGGGAAGAAGAGAAAGAUGUAGGAGCUUGGCUCAAUGGACUUGGAGAAAAAAGAGUGAGAAUGAGAGAAAGAAGAAACAAAGAACCAAAUAUUGAUAGUAAUGCUUAUUCUCCAUGGGGUAAGUCUGGAGGAGGAGCACCGCUAAAGGCAGACGAUGGGAAAUUGUUAGUUGAUGUUUUUGGUAAUUUUGAAAAUAAGAAGAAAGAAGUAAUAGAGAGAUCCACAAAUUCAUGUAACCAUCAACUCUCUCUCACCUCUUCUCUCUCUCCCCCUCUUCCCCCUCCUCCUCCCUCUCUCUAUCCUCCACCACUUGAGGUCAUUAAAGAAAACAAUGAAGCAUUAUCAACAGCUACUUGGGUAGAAAGUGGGCAAGUAGGACAGCCCAUUCGUGAUCCGAUCAGUCGUACCAUAAUCGGUGGGCAAACAAAACAAACUUCAGACAUAACAUCAAAACAAUUUGAUAUAAGGAGGCCUCUUCCAGUCCCAAAGCCAGCCCCAUACCACAGACAACAGACACUAACUGUCUCUCAGCUACUCAAACAAGAGGCUGACCUUAAGAUACCUUACCAUUUACCACCAGCUAAAAUAUCCACCACAAGAAAUGGAUCAAGACCAAAGGAUUCCAUUCAAAGGCUAACAUACAUCAGCAGUUAACAAUAAAUAAUACAAUAAUAAUAACAAUAAUAAUAAUAAUAAUACAUAAUACUAUGUACACAUAACUACAAUGCAUAAUAAUGAUACAAUCAUUGAAUAACCAGUAAUAAUAAUAAUAAUUAUUAUGAAUGAAAUAGAAAGAAUGCUGUGUACCA